AUGUCUACGGUCCCCGUCCCCGAACCCCAGCCGACGCUGGCGCCAGCUCUGGCAAUCCAUAGCUCGGAUCCAGCUGCGGCAGGAUCCAGCUCGCACGAAUCCCCACACGAAACCACCGGGUCAGCGACUAUCCAUGUGUCGCGAGAUGGCGGUUCAGAUUCAAGCGAUGAGGGAGUCCAAGGAGUUCGAAUGAGCCCCGCUGCGGCAAGACGCUUCGCUCGUCGCAACUUGAGGCGGGCCACCGCCACGCCAGAUCUUGUCACCAGUCUGGUUAGGCCGCCGUCCCCCGAGGCCUUUUAUAUUGCCCAAGACGCCCGCGGCCACCCUCGACAGCGCGCAGUCUUGCGUCCGGCUGCCAUUUUGUCACAGCCAUACGGGCGACGACAUUCGAAUGCCGCUCGUGAACGCAGGACCGGCCCUCUGUUGGUACCCCACCCGUGCUCUCUCGACAUCCCCGUCAAGUAUGGUGGUGGCUGCAUCUUCGACAUGCACACGUUGAACUAUGUCUCUGACAUCGAUCCGAAUCUGCUCUGUCCCAUAUGCCACGACCCGCUCGUCGAUCCCGUCACCACGCCCUGCGACCACACAUUCUGCUACAGGUGUUUGCGGCGAAGCAUAGCAUCGAGUCCCUCAGGGACGGCCUGCCCUAUUGACCGCGAGCUCCUGCUGUGGGUGGACUGUUUCAGUGCGGCCAGGCUUGUUCGCACCCAGCUCAGCUGCUUGACGGUCAAAUGCCCCAACCAGGGGCGAGGCUGCGAAAGUCAGGUGCGACGCGAAAACGUUGAAAAGCACGCCACAGCCGAAUGCCGCUUCCGGGAAUACUCAUGCCCCGAUACCACGUGUGAUAAAAAGCUACGAAACAAGCCCCAGGAUGAUGUAUGCCACCACAGACAAGUUGGCUGCGGCUUAUGCCACGACAAGGUAGAAGAAGCGGACAAAGAGAUGCAUCUACUCUCGUGCUCACUGGCCAAGACGAGAUGUCAAUCUUGCUGGCAGCUGGUUUGCCGCUCACAGAUGAAAUCACACCACGAUUUCGAGUGCGACGGGGUCGAAGUUGGCUGCCCCUAUCAAGACCUGGGGUGUCCAGUCAGGACAAUACGAGGAGAAAUCGGGGCGCAUUCCUUCACAUGCGCUUUUCAUCCAGAUACGCCAUCGGGGAUUGUCAUUCGGAACCAACAGGAAAUCAUUCAGUCAUAUGUCGAUCUGGGAAGCCAGCUUCGAGACAUGCAGCUUCGCCAAGACGAAACGGCCAAGCGCAUCGACGACGUCUUGGCAGACCGACGAACAAAAGGCAACGGGGAAAGCCGCAAGGACGCUAUGUACAGUGACAACAGAACCAUGCAGGACUUGGAUGCUGGCUUCGAAGAAGUCCACCAGAACUUGACCCACCUCGAGGCCAGGCAGAGCAUGUGGACACUGAAUCAAGUUAUGCCGAUACGCGAGGAGGUGACGGAGCUACGAAACAACAUCAAUAUGAUACGCAUGCAUGUGAACUGGCUGCUGAAUCGGAGCCGCGAAGAAGGACGCAUCAGGGCAGCGAAUAACACGGGGCCGACAGCGGGGAUUCGUCGUGACAGCUCCAGCGAUGUACCUCUCGUCUUGUCGGAGAGACGGAGGUCAUCUAGUGCCGAUAUGGAUGUGCCUCGCCUGUGA